AUGUUGAUAUGUGACUUAAGGACGGACAGGAAGAACCACUCCCAGGAACACUUCUCGCCCACUCCUCCUGGAAUACUAAAGACGAGUGUGACUGGUGUGGGUGGAGUGAGCCACACGCUGGGGCCGUUGGACGGGUCCCUCUACGCUACUGUGACCAAGAAGCGUCAGCCGCCGACUGCGUCGCCACACUCACCUGUGUCGCCGCAUGCACCCUUGGGUCACACGCCCUCGCCGCACGGUCUUGUUAACGGCCGCUACGCCGCCUCUAUAGACUCGGGUAUUGCCUCCAGCAACUCGGCGGGCGCAGCGCCCGUCUCUCCACCGACUUCAGAUACUUCCCAGACGUCAGGAGAAUCCCGCGGCACGGCGGCGGCAGUGGCAACGGGGAGGGUGGGUGCCGGGGGGGCACCACCCCUUGUAGAUGCUCGCCAGCUGGAUGAGCUGCUCCAGGGUAUGCUCCUCGACAUCCAGAGCAUCCCCGACCUCCGCCCCAGCCAGACCCCCGCCCCGGACAUAGACUCCAUCAGGUGUCCGGACUUUAGCAUGGCACCCAAGACGGAGACGCGGCCCAGCUUGGCGUCACGGACUUCUGGGGAUAUGCACCAGUACGGCCCACAGCCGCCACACUCCCCCGUGAACGGUUACAGCGGCUCCACCACCCACGACUCCCUUCUAGACACUUCCCUCAGCACCACCGCUGAUGACCUCCCCUACCACGCCCGCACCGACAGUAAACCUUUCAGCUAUGGCGCUGUGACGUCAUCUCCACUCCUGGGGAGACGCCGCACAGCUUCUGAAGGUGGAGAUGGAGCUCCCGCGCCACCUUCACCCUCGAUACAUCGCCGUAACUCCCGCGAGACCUUGGGUCAGGCUCGUGCAGGCUUGGAGUCUCCGCGGCUGGUACGGCGUAUGUCAGGCAGCGUUGGGGGCAGCCCGGCUGAAGGCACAACUGGCACCAGACGUUCUCCGUCACCGUCGCCGUCACCAGAACCCGGGAGUCGUGGUGGGACGUUACAGCGGCAACGGUCACAAACAUUAACCACCCGCCUCAUCUCCGGGGUGGACGGCACACUCACCCGUUCAGAGCACACCAGGUCUGCAUCCAGGCUCGACGACUCCUUCGACUUCCCCAUUGACCAACACAGUCGCAGCUUCAGCAGUACUGGCAGCAAUAACCUGUCAUGGCUUCAGAUGCAACAGCGCAAACUUGCAGAAAGGCGAGAAGCCAAAUUCCGAGCAGAAAGAGGUCCCCAGGAGGCUCGAAUGCUCUCAGAACUCCGCACUCGUAUGAGCCAGCAACAGCGCACAACUGUCACCAGUUCCAAGGAAUUUGAAGAUGGCUACGUUAGUGACUCUACACUCUUGUCGGAGACAUCUCGGGAAUCUUCCCCAGUGAAGACAUUGCCACCUUUAACGAUUAAUACUGGAGUUGCCCCCACCACCCCCCAGAAGCCCCCCAUUGGUCACUCCACUCCAGCCAGGGGCAAUUCAGCUCCUUCAUCACCUAUUCUGCCUAGCAGGUCAGCCUUACGGGAACGCUCUAUCAGAAAUAAUCCACCUCUAAGUAACCAGCGAAGUCUUCCCAGAAAGUAUUCCGACACCUCAGACAGAGAGAGACCUUUUGUAGCUGUUAAGAGAGCACAUGAAAAUGCUAAGCCAAGUGAAUCAGUGGAUUCCUCAGCAGCCUUCAGUCAACUCCAGACAUCUCCACAUGGCCACAUCAACUACUCAUCCUAUUCAUCAACAUCUACUCCUGUGGAUGGUCUUCUAACAACAGUUGUCUCAUCAAAUCAGGAGGGACUGGACUCACUAGAUGCCCUGAGUGCCACCCUAGCCAGUCUGGGCUCCCCCACUCAUCCCCCCACCACCUCUACUACCUCACCGCCCAACCCCAUAAGCAGCACCACCACCACCAUCACGACCACUGCUGUCACCACCUCUGCCGAGUCACAUCCAAUUCUGACGGCUCAAACAUCCCAGAGCCGAGAAGACAGUGCUUGGCAGAGUGAUACAGAGAGCAGCUUUGGUGGGACCCGACCAAUCACCCCUGGUUUCCCUCCUGCAACUCCCACAACUCCUUACCUGAACCAGGGACUUCCACCAAAGAGUCCAACCAUGCAGCGAAGAGCUCACCUUGGCCUGUCUUCUCUCUCAUCUCGACCUACCGUCAAAAAGUCUGCGUCGCUUCCCAGCAAAGAAAUGGGAGUGAGAAGCCCAUCACCUGCCACCUCCCAGACAGUGCGACAAGAAGUAAAUGGCCAUUCCAGUCCUGCUCCUUCCCUCUAUCAUGGCCAAUCACGCCGUUCUUCCCUCACGUCCCUCAGUGAGUCAACCGAGGUCAUCUCUUCGCACCCGAAGUUUGUGAAGGACAUCUCAAAGUAUUGGUAUAAGCCAGCCAUAACAAGAGAUGAAGCCAUCACUAUGCUCAAGGACAAGGCACCAGGCACGUUUGUUGUUCGAGAUUCCAACUCGUUCCCUGGAGCUUUUGGCCUGGCUUUAAAAGUUUCUACCCCGCCACCCAAUGUCACAACCAAGUCAAGUGACCCAGCCAGUGAACUAGUGCGCCACUUCCUUAUUGAACCAACCUCAAGAGGAGUCAGACUCAAAGGCUGUGCAAAUGAGCCUGUAUUUGGUUCCUUGUCAGCACUAGUGUACCAGCACUCCAUUACAGCCUUGGCUCUCCCAUGUCGAUUGAUGCUGCCUGAGAAGGACCCAGCAGGAGUUCCAGACACUGUAGAUAGUGGUGCUAGCACAAGUAGUGGUAGCAGUUCCACUACACAGCUUUUACAGCAGGGGGCAGCAUGUAAUGUCAUGUAUUUACACACAGCAGAUACCGAAAGCCUCACUGGUCCCCAAGCUGUCAAACGUGCAGUCAGUCUCAUGCUGGCUUCAAAAAUAACUCCAACAGUUGUGCACUUCAAGGUGUCUGCACAGGGUAUUACACUGACAGACAAUGAGAGAAAACUGUUCUUCCGUCGACACUACCCUGUAAAUACCAUCUCUCAUUGUGGUUUAGAUCCUGAUGAUAGGCGCUGGACACACAAGAAUGAAGAUGGAACUCCACUUGGAUCUCUCCGAGUUUUUGGAUUUGUGGCCAAAAAGGGAGCAAGUAGAACAGAAAAUCAGUGUCACAUCUUAGCUGAACUGGAACCAGAGCAACCUGCUACUGCAAUCUGCAACUUUGUUACAAAAGUUAUGAUGACUAGUGUGAGCCGACCCAACCUUGUAUAGUUUCAUUGAAACCAUUGGGCAACUUAAGCAACUUGUAUGGUCUGAUUGAAUUAUCUCAAUUAGUGCUAAAUAGUACAUGAAUUUGUUGGAGGCUUGAUUUGGACACAACUAAUGAGUUUUAAGAAUAGGUUGUAUAUACACUAAUGGUAUCUCAAUCUUUUAUAAUGGUGGUGAAAAAAAAUAAUAUAUAUAUAGAAAGAUUAGGCUAGGGAGCAUUUCAAUCAACUUUUCACCAGUGAUAUCCUUCAAACCUGAUUGGGAAUAUGUUAUUUUAGCUUUCCAUAUUAAAACAUAGAAGUUUUAGUUAGAAGAUAAAAUCAGGGAAGACUAAAUGAAAUAGAACUGCCAGUAGGUAAUGAGACUAAGAUUACAAAAUCAGCAUAUGUGAUAUACAUUAUGCAAAAAAUUCAUGACUUUUUCAACUGUGAGGAGCCUCUGUUAGGAAGUAGACUGGUAAUCAAAGUACCUAAGUAAAUUUAUGUAAGGACUGAUUUUGCACAAUAGUGACAAAGUUUCUGCUCAAAAUUAUUUAGAGCAUAUGAAGAACUGUAAAAAUAAUCUUUUGAAUGCAGUGUUGUGUAAUUUUGCACUUUUAAAUAUCAUGUGACUCAUUUAAUGUAAUUCAUGUGUUUAACAAUCAAAUAAAACUUGUCUCAUUGUUUUGCUUUACAUGUGUGUUGCAUAGGUUACAUAACCUACCAUAUGAUUAUACUUUAUUAAUUACUAUAGGCAGAUUUUAAUAUAUGAGCUACUUUCUUGUUUCAUUAAUGUUUAAAAUAUAUUUCUUCUUUGUAGAGUAUGCAAUAAUGACUGUUAAAUCUUGCUUUUAUUAUAAACUUUGAAUCAAUAUGCAAUUCAUGCUCCAAAAAUUAAAUAUUAUUCAUUAACACAUUUGCAAAUAUAUGUAUUAUUUGUAUUUAAUGUAAAUCUGCAUUUAUAGUGUGCAUAAAUCUAAGGUGACUUAACCCAGUGAAAUUCGACAGUGUAAAUUUUGUAUUUAGUGACUAAUCUAGUUCAUCCUUUGUAUUGGCAGUCUCAAGUAUCUGCGUGAAAACACAUGACCAUGUGUCAGUCAAUGUUCCAGGCAUAUUUGAAUGUUUUGUACAUAAUGUCCAUAUGUUUAAGUGAUAGUAAUACAGAACUUUUAUCAGUUUUGAAUAUUGUAAAUCAUUCUUCCAUACUGUAGCUUCCACCUACUGGAUAAAAGACGUUUGAGCAGCACAGUACACAGCAACAGCAGAUUUGUAAAUCUCGCAAAAUGUUCACAGUCAAAAGGUGUUUGUACACCAAUUUUUGGUGGUACAAUUACACAUUUUAAAUAAUAAUUACAAGUGCUAAGUACACAUUUAUAUUUGCCAGAUGAGGUAGAGCAGGUAAGAGGCCUGGCUAAACUAAUAAGGAAGCAGUUAGUUCCUUUAUAACACUUAUAAGGUGCUUCUUAACUCAUGUAAAUGACCUCUUCAUGCUUCUUCCAGAAAUAAAGAACAAUUUCAA